GGACUGGACUAGAAACUUUUUAGAUGAAAAGGAUACACAGAUUUUGAGCUAUAGAACAUUUUUUAUAGCGUGAAAAUGGCGAAUGGACCAAUUGCAGAAAGAAAUAGAGAUGCAACUAUUUACGUUGGAGGUUUAGACGACAAGGUCUCAGAAUCUUUACUAUGGGAACUUUUCGUACAAGCUGGACCUCUAGUCAAUGUCCAUAUGCCAAAGGAUCGUGUCACAAUGAUGCACCAGGGCUAUGGAUUUGUAGAAUUCAUGGGGGAAGAAGAUGCUGAUUAUGCCAUAAAGAUAAUGAACAUGAUAAAGUUGUAUGGCAAGCCUAUCAGAGUCAACAAGGCCUCAGCCCAUCAAAAGAAUCUUGAUGUAGGUGCUAACAUAUUCAUAGGGAAUCUUGAUCCUGAAGUAGAUGAAAAGCUGUUGUAUGAUACAUUCUCAGCUUUUGGAGUGAUACUGCAAACACCCAAGAUAAUGAGAGAUCCAGAGACUGGCAACUCCAAGGGCUUUGCCUUCAUCAACUUUGCCAGCUUUGAGGCUUCAGAUGCUUCCAUAGAAGCCAUGAACGGCCAGUACCUGUGCAACAGACCAAUCUCAGUCUCCUACGCCUUCAAGAAAGACUCCAAAGGAGAGAGGCACGGCUCGGCAGCAGAGCGCCUCCUGGCGGCACAGAACCCGCUCUCUCAAGCCGACCGCCCCCACCAGCUCUUCGCCGAUGCCCCGCCCGUCGGCAUGAUGCCCAUGCCGCCCCCGCCCGUUCUCAUCUCGGGCAUGAUGCCGCCGCCCACGCCCGCGAACCUGCAUCCGCCGCCCCCACCACCGCCGGUGCCGCCGCCGGGCGCUUUUCCCUCCGGCAUUCCGCCGCCGCCGCUGCCGCCCUCGCAGCCUCCGCUGCCGCCUGGCGCGCCGCCUCCGCCUCCGAUUGUGGCGGGAGGAACCGCGGGCGGUGCGCAUCCGCCGCUGCCGCCCCUGGCGCCACCCACUGCAGCUGCGGGCGGCGCCCCCCGCAUAAUGCCGCCCCCGUGGCCGGGCGGCAUGCCGCCUCCCCCUCCCGCCCCGCCAGGCUCGGCGACCGCCGGCCCGUUUGCCGGCAUGUUCCCGCCGCCUCCGCCUCCCGGAGGCAGGCCGCCGCCGCCCAACUGGCGACCGCCUCCGCCGCCGCCGAACUUCGCGGGCGCGAGACCCUCCUUCGCGCCCAGGGGGCCGCCUCCGCCGCCUCCCAUGUGAAGGGGUGGGACUCGAGGAGUUUUGUAAUUGUGACGUUAAUAAAGUUUUCCAAAGCCUG